CUAAAAACUUUUUAUCAAUCGGCGCAACAAAUAGAAAGUGCCCAUUUUACUGUAUUGUGCGUAUGUCAAAUUGAUUAUUGCUACUUCUUUAAUACAUAGCUUUCUUUCGUUUACAUUUCGAAGAAUAGACAGAAAAUCAUUAUACCUCCCUCUUUUUAAAAUGCCAGGAUAUCAGUCAUUCCCAGUCCUAAAUCAGCAAUUUAUUGUUGACAAGAAAUAUCAGUUCAUUCGUGAAAUGGGUCAAGGAGCAUACGGCGUUGUUUGUGCUGCCAAGGAUACUGAAACGAAUGAACAAGUUGCUAUCAAGAAGGUCUGCCGUAUUUUCGAGAAAACUAUAUUAGCCAAGCGUGCAUUACGUGAAAUAAAAUUAUUGAAGCACUUUAACGGACAUGAAAAUAUCACUUCAAUUUUUGAUAUGGACAUUGUCAAUUUGCAAGAUUUUAACGAAGUUUAUUUGGUGCAGGAACUGAUGGAAGCAGAUCUUCAUCAAAUCAUACGUUCAGGGCAACCGUUGACAGAUGCUCAUUUUCAAUAUUUCGUAUACCAGAUUUGUAGAGGUCUCAAAUAUAUCCAUAGUGCCAAUGUUCUUCAUAGAGAUUUGAAGCCUGGUAAUUUGUUAGUCAAUGCAGAUUGCGAAUUGAAGAUUUGCGAUUUUGGAUUGGCUCGCGGGUAUUCUUCUACCCCUGAGGGUAAUGCCGGUUUUAUGACAGAAUAUGUUGCGACACGUUGGUACAGAGCUCCUGAAAUUAUGCUAAGCUUUCAGAAAUAUACUAAAGCCAUCGAUAUGUGGUCUGUUGGAUGUAUUUUCGCUGAAAUGUUAGGCGGGAGACCGCUAUUCAAGGGCCGAGAUUAUGUUGACCAAUUGAAUCAGAUCCUUGGCAUCCUCGGUACGCCUGAUGAAGAAACUCUUUGUCGCGUUGGAAGUGAAAGAGCCCAAGUUUAUAUCCGUAGUCUGACAAGAAUGCCAAAGAUACCAUUCCAAAACCUUUAUCCUAGAGCAACACCAUUAGCCAUUGAUUUAUUGACCAAAUUACUUGCAUUCGAUCCCGCAAAACGAAUUACAGUCGAAGAAGCUCUUGCACAUCCUUACCUUGCUGCUUAUCAUGAUGAGGAUGACGAGCCUUCACAUACGCAAAGUUUUGAUUUCUCUUUUGAAAUUGUUGAGUCAAUGGAAGAUAUGAGAAAAAUGAUUGCACAAGAAGUUAUGACAUUUAAAUCGCAAAAACAUGGGUUACCACCUUUACAAUUAAAUACAGCCAGUUUGAAGAGAAAGGAAAGCUUGAGUGCAAACGACCGAGAAACACUUGAAAGAAGCCGUGAUGUAGCAAAAGACGUAGAUGAUUAUGCUUCUCAUAGAAACUCCUCAUCGGUAGCUGCUGCUGCAGUUCCUCAAGAUGAAUUACGUCGUGAUAUGGAUGUAGAUGCACUUGAACGCGAUUUAAGUGGAGCUAUAUAGAGAGAGAGAAAAAGCAAGAAAACAGGAUAUACAUACAAUAUGGCAAAUGGUGAUUUUUAUAAUUUGUACAGAUCAGUUAUAGUAAAAGG